AUGGUGGGGCAGAAGGAGAGGGGGUGGCCCGGCUGGAAGGACAGCUCGCUCACGGUCCUGCCUUCUCCUUCUCUUCCCCACUCGGCAGCUUCCACCCCCUGCCACCUCAUUCACGCCAGGCUGCAGAGGGUACAUCAAGCCAGAACGCUGAAGGAAGGAGGCGGAGGGAAGGAGCGGAGGAGCAGGAUCGCUUUCCUGAUGGCCCUGAUCCAGGCCUGCCAGGAAGCCAUCCGGAGGGGGGAGCAGCGCCUUCCGUUCUCGAAAGGGCUGGCCGCCCAGGCCGUGCUGGAGGAGAUGGCCUACAUCUGGGAGGACCCCGUGCCCCACCACCUCUUCUCCCUCUGCAGAGAGGCCAUUGCCUCCUUAAGUGGAAUGAAGCCCUGCUUGGGAGCAAAAACAGAACAAAAGCUCAUCUCAGAGUCAAUCUUCUGGAUGAACCAUAUGAUUGGAGGAGAGCCGGAGGAAGACCGAGAAAGCCCAUUUCUGCCCCCGCAGAGGUCCAUGAGGAGGAUGCUGGAAGCAAUGCUCACUGAGAAGCCCACCCUGGCCCACCUCAUCAGGAUUGCUGAGGCCAUAGACGCUGAGAUGUUCAGCGAGGAUGAGGAGGAGGCAGCCAUGGCGGAGAAUGUUGGAUUCUUGCUCCUCAACAUGGCCAUUGGACCCCCCUUCCAUUUUGAGGAUCCAGGGUCCCCAGAAGAGCUCUGA